AUGGCAAACAACGGCCCAACUAUCAAGACAGAGCCCGGCGUCUCAGACAACGAGGCAUGGGAUGAAGAACGCCUGGAGCAGGCAUUGAAUCAACUGAAGCUUUUACACAUUCAGCUUCGGGGCUUGCGGACAACGAUUCCACGAAUGCUUGAACCUUUGUCGGCGAAGCAGCCAACUCCUCAAGCCAAGUUCAGCUCCUUCAUAGAGUCUGUGGCUGCAGCCAAGAAGGAAGUGCAAGACUUUCAAGAGUUUCGCAAAAGUGAGGAUAUGACCAAGAUCAUGAACCACGCUACGGAGCGCCGAAAGGAGGAGCCCAAUGGCAUCAAGGCCUGGCGUGCGACGGACCAUCCUGACUGGAUGACGGUAGACUCAUCAUCAUAG